GUUUUUUUAUUUCAUUCGGAAGAAGAAGAAAACGCACAUUUUUUUUAACUCGGUUCGAACGGAGGCGCAAGAGACCAGGAACUAUAGACGAGGACAUGCCACGGCCACAGAAAAGGAAGAAUGUCGAGUCAACAGAAGAAGAACAAACGCAGCAGGAUCAAGAAAUAUACAAUGAGGAAAAAGAACAUCAGCCGGUGGAGGAUAUCACAUCCGUUGGGAAUUUGUCUGAUUUCACAACGCAAGCCUUUAGGAAUGUGGUGUCCGCCACUCGCUGCUGCAAUGCCUUUCCCCAGGGCACGGCUCGUUCUUUGUAUCUCAGCUAUCCUGGUUACGCCAAGAUCAUAGAUGACCUUUCUCAACGCGUGGUUGGACUCGUUGGCAAUGUACUGCAAUCCCAGCAGAUAAAGGGCGACAUAAACAAGCGCACCAUGGACGAACAAUUUGAGAUGGUUCAGGAAUGUAAUGAUAUUGUAUUUGAGCGUAUUACCACCAAUCUGGACAUAAAAAGUGGAUUACGACGUAAUCCACAAAUGAUGCUAGAGACACAGGUGGAUGUGCUCAAUCCCCAAGCCUCAGCGAGUCCGACAUCUGGAACGGAAUCCCCUUCCUCGACUUCAUGGCGAGCCGGCAGUUGGAAUCGCUCACCGGCUACGGCACCACGGGGACUAGUGUCUGCCCGCCUGUUCACAGCUAAGAAUAUAAUGAGACCCCAAUUGCAGUUCAAGGAGCUAAUAGACAACAAUGCUCAAAAUCCGUUUCUUCCGCGCCUGCGAGAAAAGCCAAACUCUCUAAAACCUUUAGCUCUACUGCCCGAGUACAAUGAAGCAGGCAACAUCCAAUCCUAUUUGCAUCCCUAUGAGUUUGAGUUGCUAAAAUUCGAGCCCCCGCAAGGACAGAUGCAAACGCAGAGUCCGGAGUUGCCUGCGUCUAUGGGAAAUACUGAAUUAAUGCUGGUAGACAAUUUGGAGAAGCUGCAGCAAGCCGUUAAGGAACUGAGUGAGGCCUCGCAGAUAGCCAUCGACGUGGAACAUCAUUCGUAUCGUACUUUUAUGGGCAUCACUUGCCUCGUGCAGAUGUCUACAUGCUCUAAGGAUUAUAUUUUCGACACGUUGGUCCUACGUGAGGAUAUGCAACUACUUAAUCUAGUUAUGACUGACCCCAAGAAAUUGAAGAUUCUCCACGGCGCAGACUUAGACAUUGAAUGGCUUCAGCGGGAUCUCUCACUCUAUAUUGUGAACAUGUUUGAUACGCACCGAGCAGCCAAAGCCCUCAAUAUGGCACGCCUCUCGUUGGCUUUUCUCCUUAAGCACUAUGUUGAUUUGGAUGUGGACAAAAGUCUUCAAUUAGCGGACUGGCGGAUGCGCCCCUUGCCACAGGAGCUUAUAAACUACGCUCGCCAGGACACUCACUAUUUGAUCUACGUCUAUCAGUGUCUGACCAACGACCUACUUAAGUUGGAUAAUGGCCAUCAGCAGAUCCUACGUUCUGUCUACCAGAUGAGUACCGAGGUGUGCCGGAAGCGGUAUACAAAGCCCCAUAUAGGCCCGGACUCACAUUUGGAUCUCGUACGAAAGACAAAGCAAAUCUUUGAUAAUCGGCAACUGCAUGCGCUACGCGGAUUGUUUGAAUGGCGCGAUACCACUGCCCGCCAAGAAGACGAAAGCUAUGGCUAUGUAAUGCCCAACCACAUGAUGCUCCAAAUAGCCGAAAGCCUGCCUCGUGAGAUGCAGGGCAUUCUGGCCUGCUGUAAUCCAAUUCCGCCGCUGGUGCGCCAGCAACUGCAUACGCUUCAUCAGAUUGUGCUAAAGGCUCGAGAACAGCCGCUGGUCAAACCUAUUCUAGAAGCCGGAACCGUCACUCAGCGGCCUUUACCCGUCAGUUCCAAGGAUUUUAACAGCAAACUUUAUCGUCCUCACGACUUUUCCCAUCUGGACGAAACUCGUGAUGAUUUACCUACUUUACUUAGAAGGACUGCCAAUGGCAAGCUCAAACUGCCAGGAACCAAUAUAGAUAAACAGGUUAGUUCUUUGGGUGUACCAGCCAUGAGUUUGUUUGGCAAACCAACAGUGCCUAUCGCAGAGGAGGAGCUGCGUUGGGUGUCAAUUCGUAACGAGAGCCGUGAAUUGCGUAUGCCGUACAAACGUUAUUUAGCUAUUUUACCCUUCACCGCGCAACUGAGAAAGGAACAAGACGCAAAGGAGCAGAGUGAAUUGCUCAAACGUCGCCUGUGCCCAGCAGAUCCCACGCCAGAGCACAUUCAAAUGGUAGAGUCGGCAAUAAAAACAACUGAAUCUGCAAACGAUCAUUCUAUGUCACUGAAGGAGCAGCUGAAACGUAAACAUCAAUCAAAAACCGUGUUAGAGGAUCAACCCAGUUCCAGCAAAAGACUCAAAUUGGACGAGAAUACCAAACCACUUUCUGCUGCACCACCAAUUAAGAGUGAAACAUCUAUUAUCAAUGUCGAUGACGGUGAAAGUGAUAAUAGUGAUGUUGUAGAAAUGCCUAUAAUUAAGAAUCCACUAGAACCUCCAUCUCCCGCUACUCCUACUCUGUCCAAGCGACAGCAGAAAAGACAGAGAAAUAACCAACAGUUCAAGGCGAAAGCGCGCAUUCAACAGCAUUCACAGAGUUCGAAUCAACCUGUUAUACUGCCCAAAAAAGGUGCUCCCAACUUCAACUACAAAAAUGUGGACUUUAAGCAGUUUAAAGGCGGUGCAAAAAGAGCACGUGGCACAGAGAUCAAGGCAGAUAUACGUGGCAAGAAUCGGCCCAACAAUCGGAACAACAAACAAUUCAAUAAACUGUUUACAUUUAGUAAUGUAAAAAGAGGAAAAUAGAUGAACGAAGGGACCUCAAUCCCGGAAACGGAAUCACUUAAUCAUCCAAGUGACCAUGACCACCAUUUACUAGCUAUUCAUUAAUUUUUCACUUUACACAUUCAUGUUGUAGUUAAAAUGUAUUGAAUUCAUUUUUCUAAAAUAUAUUAUCUAUAAAAAACAACAA